AUGGUUACCAAUCCCACUCUAUAUCCUCCUGAUAUUACUAUAACCAUGGUUAGCAAGACUCAUUAUUUUAGCGCAAACUGUAUGGGUAAUGAUGAAUGUCCAUUGACAUUAGAUGAUGCUGGCGGCGUUUUAGGACAUGCAUACUUUCCUGACUCUAGCGGCACCUGUAGAGAAAUCCAUUUAGAUAUAAAUGAACGCUGGUAUUUUGGAAAUAAUCCUAAUAUACCCAAAAAUCAAACUAGUUUUCUUAUGGUGUUGGUUCAUGAAAUUGGACAUGCCCUCGGCAUAGCACAUAGUGCUUCUCCGAAUGCUAUUAUGUUUGCCUUCUAUCAGCAUGAGAUUCGUGGUCUAGAUGUUGAUGAUAUAAAUGCAGUACAAUAUCUAUAUGGAAGAAAAAACAAAUAUGAUUCAAUCCCAACGUCUACCACCGCAUCAGCAAUACCAAAAACAACAACAACUAUAAGAUCUACAACUCGUAAGCAGCCGAUCCUCAAAAAUUUGUGUGAUAUUAUUCCAGAUUUUAUGUUUUUAGCUAUUGCUCCAGAGUUUUCAAAUUACCGAUUAUAUAUUGCACAUGAUAUGUUUAUAUGGAAACUAGACUUAAACGAAAUGAUUAUCCCAUCUCAGCCUGAACUUCUUGUCGAUUAUGUUCCUACAGAAUUACGUCAAUACACUUUACAACAUAUUUUCCAAUCAACAAACGGUGACUUGAUUACCAUUGUGUCUCCAAACAAUAUUUCUCAGCAUCAUUCCCUACCAUUAAAUUUCUUGAUAAUUUUUCAAUUGAUAUACCCGAUAGGGCUCGAAUCAAUGCUAUUUUUCAAUCAAACGCAGGACGGUCCUAUACCUUUUAUAAUAAUAUGUCAUAUAGAAUUUUCUAACGAUUUUACUGAUGUGUUGAACAGAGGACGGAUAAGAGACAUAUUUCCUGAAUUACCUGAAGAUAUUUCUCUCGCAUUUCGAUGGAUUGAUGGCCAUAUUUACUUUUUCCGUCACGCAACUUACUAUAAAUUUAAUGAAUUUACAAGAAAAGUUGUUGCGACCGGACCAUUUCAUUGGACUCUAUUUGGAGUACCAUGCCCCAGCGAGGAUUUGUUACAUCAACUAAAAACUCUGUUAUCUAAACUUGUAUCUGUAUCAUUAAAAAAACAUUUUUCAGAAAGCUAUGUUUAUUUCGUAUUCAGCCUGUUGUCAAACAAAAAAAAAACAGUCGGUUCCUUCGACUCCCCACCCCCCCACCAUCAUUCUACUACAUAA